AUGUCUUGGUCAGAGAAGCUAGAGUUAGCAAGAAGCACAAAAAGAAUAAUAGGCACAUCUAAUGAUAUAGAGAAACCUUAUCUUAGGCUUACUAAUGCUCCGGAUCCAGCUACAGUUCGCCCUGAGCACGUAUUACAUUUAACAUUAAAACAUUUGUUGCAAGUUGCAUCAAAAGAAGAGGAGAAGGAGCGUGCUGCUGCUGCAGCAGCAGCAGCAGCAGCAGCAGGAGGAGCAGCAGGAGGAGGAGGAACCCCACCUUAUAACCCAUCAAAAUAUUCGUCAUCAUCAUCAGCAGCAGGAGCAGCAGGAGCAGCAGGAGGAGCAGUAGCAGCAGGAGGAGGAGGAGAACGUCAACGUAUAUGGUUAUAUUUAGAUGAACAAUUUCGUAGUUUACGUCAAGAUCUAACAGUACAACAUAUACAAAAUAUAUUUUCUUGUAAAGUUUAUGAACAUAAUGCUCGUCUUGCCCUCCAAUUUGGUGAUUUAGGACAAUUCAAUCAAUGCCAGGCACAAUUAAAAUAUCUUUAUGCUAAAGUACCACUGCCUAUACCUCAUACACCAAAGGUGGAGUUUUUGUGUUAUCGUUUGGUGUACUUGGCUCUUCAAGGGAUGCGACUUGAAUUACUACGAUUAUAUCGUCAGUUUAUUCCCCUUUUUUUCUUAUCCUCCUCUUUCUAG